GUAGACAGUUUUCGACGAACGUUCACUGCAGACAGGGUCUCGAAGAAAUUAAGUUUGCAUUGAGGAGAAGAAAAAUCGAGGAUUCGAUCCACGAUGCAAUCGUUUUUAUUAUUGCCAUUUCUGUUUCAAAUAUCUCUGGGAAAAACGGAUUUAUUUCAGCUCUCAGUGAUACACUUGAACGAUUUCCACGCAAGGUUCGAGGAAACGGGACCACGAUCGGGAAUAUGUCACAAAGGUAACGAAACGGAAUGUAUCGGAGGAAUCGCGCGGGUAACGACGGUGGUGAAAGAAUUAAUGAGAGAUAGACCAAACGCGAUCUUCCUGAAUGCCGGUGACAAUUUUCAAGGGUCAUUUUGGUACAACGUGCAUCGUUGGAACGCGACCGCAACCUUCAUGAACCUGUUACCGCACGACGCCAUGACACUAGGAAAUCAUGAAUUCGAUAACGGAGUGGCGGGUGUGGUACCUUUCAUGAAAAUGGUCAAGGCCCCGAUCGUGGUGACGAACAUAGACGCGUCCGAGGAGCCAACAAUGCAGGGUCUCUACAAGAACAGUACCAUCAUUGAGAGAGGAGGUAGAAAAAUCGGAAUCAUCGGCGUUAUUGUAAAAAACACACCCAAUAUCUCCGUUACCGAGAAAUUAAAGUUUCUGGACGAGGUAGAAACGGUGAACGAAGAGGCACGAAAAUUAAAGUCCCAAGGAAUUGAAAUUAUUAUCGUCCUAAGUCACUGUGGCUUAAACGUGGACAGGAAGAUGGCAGCUUCCUGUCCUUUGAUCGACGUGAUCGUCGGAGGACACUCGCAUACAUUUUUAUACACAGGAACAACACCUCCUUUCACCGACCUCCCUGAAGACGUGUACCCGGUGGUGGUGGAUCAAGAAUUCACGAAAAGAAAAGUGGUGAUUGUCCAAGCAGCAGCGUUCACCAAGUACGUGGGAAACUUGACGGUGUGGUUCGAUAAAGGAGGGGAGGUUGUCCAGUGGGAUGGAAAUCCAAUUUUUCUUAGUCACUCGGUCGAGGAAGAUCCUGAGACAGUCGAAGCUCUGGAACCCUGGAAAGAAAGCGUAGACGCUAAAGCAUCAAUCAUAAUUGCUCCCUCCAAGGUUUUCCUUGAUAAUAGGUGUCGCACAAGGGAGUGCAAUUUUGGAAAUCUGAUCGUUGAUGCUAUGGUGGAUUCUUACGUAGACCAAGCAGAGAACCAGACCUUCUGGACAUACGCUGCUGUCGCAGUUACAAACCCUGGGGGAAUUCGUGCCUCCAUUGAUUCUAUUGGUAGAAACAUCACUUUAGGUGAUUUGAUAACAUCCUCACCCUUUGAAAACACAUGGGACGUUCUUGAAUUAAAUGGUAGCUGCAUCAAACAGACCCUAGAAAUGAAUAAAAUUUUAGUAUGGUCAGGACUGAAAAUAAUUUAUGAUACGAAUGGUUUACCCAGAAACGCACUGGAUGUUAAGAUAAGGUGCCGAGCUUGUGAAGUGCCGAGGUUCGAGAACUUAGUGGAAGACGAAUGGUACAGGAUAGUGGUUCCAAACUACUUGGUCGCUGGCGGAGAUGGAUUCGACACGUUCGAAAAGUGCGGCCGAAAUCACAAAGUCGGAUAUCUUGAUUCCGAUCUGCUCGCAGCGUACAUGAAGAAAAUCAGUCCAAUAAUAGUUGGAACCGAUCGUCGAGUGAUUGUUCUGAAGACUAUCCCAUCAAGGAAAGAACAGAAUUUCUUAUAGAGUCAAAGUUACAAGACUUCAUUGAAAAAUCAUAACAACCGAAUUGUUUCGGUACAUUUACUUUGAAAGGGAGCUCGUUUCAAGCGGAGGGAAGAGUACAAUGAAUAUUGUAAUUAAUUAAAUUAUUUUCUCCAAAUAA